AUAUAAAUUCCUCUACUCUAAAACGGUGCACAUUGCAAAAUGGCUCCCUACCCCUACUUUCUCUUGCUGGUUUUCGUUUUGCAAGUGACUCAACAGUUCCAAUUCUCAGCCCUGGAGCUCCCAUCCGAGCAGCUUGUGAGGCCCCUCUUCGAUAGAUGGCGUCUCUAUCACAACAAGGGGUAUUCAUCCCAGGAGGAGGAGGCUAGAAGAUAUGAAAUCUUCAAGCAAAACCUCCAAAUGGUUUUAGAUCACAAUGCCAACAGUCUUGUGUCCUCAUACACCCUGGGCCUGAAUCAAUUUUCAGACAUCAGUAGUGACGAGUUUGAAACGAAAAUGUCCCUUGGUGUCAAUGACAUUAGGUUGCCUGUAGCCACAUCCUUUCUUGACGAUUUUGCUGAUGGUGACUCUAAAAGUCUCGAAUCUUUUGACUGGAGGGAGAGGGGUGCGAUCACUCCUAUUAAAAACGUUGGAUCCUGUCUGGGAGGUACUUGGGCUUUUGCAACAGGAGACUCACUCUCAAGUCUCAAUAAGAUACUCUUUGGAGGUCUAGCUAAUUUUUCAGCGCAGGAGUUUCUAGAUUGCACUAAGAAAGCCAAGGGAUGCAGAAGUGGCUCUCCCAGUGACGCUUUCGAAUACGCACGGACUCAUAGCAUUGCAGCAGCAGCUGAUUAUCCCUUUGUUGGGGAAGCUGGAGCUUGCAAGCACAAGGAAAAACAAGGCAAAGUUUCUCUAAAAGAAUUUGAGAGCAUUGAAGGAACAGACAAAGCAAUCGAAAGAAACAUGUUGAAGGCAAUACACAAUCAGCCACUGACUGCUGUUAUCGAUGGCUCAAAGGCCGAGUUCAAGAGCUAUGCUGGAGGGAUUUACAAAGGACCCUGUGCCGAAUCUGGAAGUUUAUCAGUGCUGGUUGUGGGCUAUGGUUCCGAAAAUGGAGACAAAUAUUGGAUCAUAAAAAAUUCGUGGGGAACUGAGUGGGGGGAGAAUGGAUACAUGAAACUAGAACGCAAUUCGAAUAUCUUUGGUGGACGGUGUGGGAUUUACAUAAACGUGUUUUAUCCCACAGAGCUAGGGCCGCCUCCGUCACAUUUUCCUCCACCACCACCACCACCUUCACCAUCUCCACCGCCACCUUCACCGUCUCCACCACCGCCUCCGCCAAGGCAACGCUGCUAUACGCAACUAUGCAAGGCAGGAGAAGAAUGUUGCUGUUACUGGGCUCCAUGUAAGUUCUUCCACAUUUGCUGCCCAAAAGGCAAGUGUGGAGUUACCAUCUUUUACCCCUGCAAACUUAUAUGAAAAGGGGCUUUGAGCAAUAAACACAGCUGCUAGCCAUGAAACAUUGGCUUCCAGAGCUUCCCAAGCUGGUCCUA